AUGUCUCUUCCAUGGCUUCCUGCUGCUGCUGCUGCUGCUGAGCCAGCAGCAGCAACAGCAGCAGGACCAGGAACUGCCGCUGUAGCCUCGCCCUCCUACAGCCCAGCAGCAGCAACAACAGAAGCAGCAGCAACAGCAGCAGCAGCAGCAGAGCAGCGCCCAGCAGCGGAGCUAACAGAAACAUUGUGGAGAUCUUUCUCUGACUUAUUAUCCUUACCUCCUCCUGCUGCUGCUGCUGCUGCUGCCCCCCCUUACCUUUCAGCAGCAGCAGCAGAAGAAGGUGCAGCAGCAGCAGCAGCAGCACCAGCAGCAGGUAGGCCUACUGGCCUACUAAGCGACUAUGAGGCUGUUGAGCAGCGCCAACAAGAUGCACCUGCUGUUGCUGCAGCAGCUGUUGCUGCAGCAGCAACUUACACGCUUGCUGCAGCAGCCACCAUUAGUCCUGCAGAACCUGCUGCUGCAGGAGCGGCUGCUGCAGCAGACGCUGCUGCUACUGCUGCUGCAGCAGCACUUUUUGCUGCAUAUUUGUCUAUAGGGAACCAAGAGUUUUAA